AUGACGACUGCAGAGCCACCCAACGGACUCCGGCUCCGAAACAUCAAGGCCCCCCAGUCAGAGGAGAUCUCCAGUCAUGCUGGGGACCAUAAUAACAUACAGGAAGAUGAUCUGAGACAGUGGCAGAAACAUGCACAGAAGGUGAAGGUGAAAGUCCUGGAGCAGGUCCAGGAUCAGCUCAGUGAUAUACUAGACAAAGCUCUGACUGAGUCCGUCCAGCCCUUUACUCAAGUCCAGCCAACAGUUAAUGGGAAGAUGACUAAAAAACCGUCAUCCAGAUCUCAGAGAAUGGAUGAUGGCAAAAUUUUUAUGCCCAGGCCGUCACUAUUGGAUGAACUGUUCGAGAUCAGCCACAUCAGGACCAUCUACCACAUGUUCAUAGCCGUGCUCCUCAUCUUCUGUCUGAGCACGCUGGCCGUCGACUACAUCGACCAGGGCAGGUUGGUCUUGGAGUUCGACCUGCUGUUCUUUGCCUUUGGGAAGCUGGGGACAGUCACCUGGGCCUGGGUUGUGAUGUUCGCCUACACCCUGCUGGUUCCCUACUACACCCUGGUGUUCUGGGGCUCUUUGUACCACAGCAUGCCCUCCAAGCUGGGGCUGUCUCUCGGCACGGGCCUGGUCCUGUCUGCAGUGCAGAUGUACGUGCUGGGACAGUUCCCCAUUCACGUGGUUGUGCACUACCAGCUGCCACCAGCCUCACGGUUCAUUGUCAUACUGGAACAGAUUCGAUUCCUGAUGAAGAGCUACUCGUUCAUAAGAGAAACGGCUCCUGUUGUCGUGAAGAAUACACCAAAGGAAGGAGAAAGUCCCAGAUUUCCAACUUUAUCCAGCUAUCUGUACUUCCUCUUCUGCCCAACGCUCAUCUACAGGGAAUCAUAUCCUCGGAAUUCCCACAUCAGAUGGAAAUAUGUUGGCGUCACGCUCGGUAUGAUCUUGGGAUCCCUAUUUUACGGCUACUUCAUCCUGGUCCGCCUCUGCGUGCCCCUCUUCAGAUCUGAGAUCCGCCAGCCUUUUAGUAAACGAACAAUGGUUCUGGCUGUGUUCAACUCAAUAUUACCAGGUAUUAUGCUCCUGCUGUUGUGUUUCUUUGCCUUCCUGCACUGCUGGCUCAACCUCUUCGGGGAGCUGCUGUGUUUUGCUGACAGGAUGUUUUACAAGGACUGGUGGAACUCCACAUCUUUCGCCAACUACUACCGUACCUGGAACGUGGUGGUGCAUGACUGGCUCUAUUACUACGGAUACAGAGACUUCCUCCGGCUGUCGAACAGGAAAUUCCGAACAGCUGCUAUGCUCUCCGUGUUCAUCGUCUCUGCUGUCGUCCACGAGUACGCCUUGUCCAUGGGCCUCGGCUUCUUCUAUCCCGUCAUGUUCUGCCUCUUUGCCAUCUUGGGAGUGGUGUUCAACUUCACCAUGAACGACAAGCGACAGAGCCCUGUGUUCAACAUCAUCAUGUGGGCGUGUCUCUUCCUGGGUCAGGGCGUCCAGGUGUGUCUGUACUGCCAGGAGUGGUACGCCCAGAUACACUGCCCUCGGACAGGGAAUAGUUUCCUGGAGCUGGUGACGCCUCGGUCGUGGUCCUGCAGAUGA